GAGCCAACCUUGCUCAGUCGUGGUCCAAUAGGCCGCGGGCUUGUAAGAACACUCGCAGACAGCAAAAAGAAGUUUCCGAAAUGGGGCUGGAAAGUACUAUGGUCUGCGUGGACAACAGCGAAUACAUGAGAAAUGGGGACUUUUUACCAACGAGAUUGCAAGCUCAGCAAGACGCCGUCAACAUAGUUUGUCACUCUAAAACACGCAGCAACCCAGAAAACAACGUGGGCCUCAUCACCAUGGCAAAUAACUGUGAGGUCCUGACCACACUGACACCAGACACCGGCCGCAUCCUGUCCAAACUCCAUGCUGUCCAGCCCAGGGGCAACAUAUCUUUCUGCACAGGCAUUAGAGUGGCGCAUUUGGCCUUAAAACACCGACAGGGUAAAAACCACAAGAUGAGGAUCAUCGCCUUCGUAGGGAGUCCCGUGGAGGAUAAUGAAAAAGAACUUGUUAAGCUGGCAAAGCGCUUAAAAAAGGAGAAAGUGAACGUGGAUAUUAUCAACUUUGGAGAAGAGGAGAUGAACACAGAAAAGCUGACUGCCUUUAUAAACACCUUAAAUGGUAAAGAGGGGACGGGUUCUCACCUGGUGACGGUGCCGCCCGGACCCAGCCUGGCGGAUGCUCUGCUGUCCUCCCCCAUCCUGGCCGGCGAGGGUGGCUCCAUGAUGGGUCUGGGUGCCAGUGACUUUGAGUUUGGUGUGGACCCCAGUGCUGACCCGGAACUGGCCUUGGCGCUACGUGUUUCCAUGGAGGAGCAGCGACAGAGGCAGGAAGAGGAGGCCCGCCGAGCCGCUGCAGCUUCUGCUUCUGAUGUCGCCAUGCCCCCGGCCAGUACAGAUGAAUCAGAGGACGCUCUAAUAAAGAUGUCGGUGUCUCAGCCUGAGACGGGGGCAGCCGUGCUCCCCGACUUCAGUAGCAUGACGGAGGAGGAGCAGAUAGCCUACGCCAUGCAGAUGUCGCUUGCUGGAGGAGAGUAUAAUGAAAUGGACACAACAGUGCCAAUGGAUGCUACAGAAUCUGUCAAGGAGGAAGACGAUUACGACGUCAUGCAAGACCCGGAGUUCCUCCAGAGCGUGCUGGAAAACCUGCCCGGCGUGGACCCAAACAACGAAGCCAUUCGCAAUGCAAUGGGCUCCCUGGCCUCCCAGACGGGCAACAAGCCUGAUGGAAAAAAGGAUGAGGAGAAGAAGAAAUGAGGAGAGCAAAAUGGUGGACUCUUAUAUCCCAAAACAGUCAUAAUGAUAAUGAUGAUUGGAACCUGACAUUAAUGUAAUUUACCAUCCUUUUUUCGGAUACUCAAAAUCCCUCCUAAAAACAUCUGGCUGCAGUCUGUACAUUUAUAGUAAUUAAUUUGAAAAAUAGUGACAUUAGAUUAACAGUUAGUCAAUUUUUGUUUUUUGCAAUAAAGUUCAAAUAUUACAACAGA